AUUUGAAAAUUGAACUAGAUUUGUGAAUUGGUUUCUAUCUUGAAUCCGAAGUCCGAAUGCGGGUUCGUAGGGUCGGUUUCUUGGUUCCAUGGCGGAGCUCUGUGGUUCUGAAUCGGAUGCCCGUUGUGGGUUAGGGUUUUAGCGAGGGCAAAAACAAAACUACGACCCGACUUGUCACCGCCUUCCCCCGGGUCGGGUUCAUCCUGCGGUUACCGUCUCUCUGAUCUGCCCUAGUUUAGCGGGUGGGCCCGUACGGCCUUUAAGGGUUUGUUGAUUUAAUAGUUUGCCUACAUUUUAUAAGUGGAACGGUGAAUCGGUGUCUUCUUGAAUCCGAAGUCCGAAUCUGAGUUUUAGGAUCGGUCUGGUUGAGCUUUCAUGUCGGAGCGCUAUGAUGGUUCUGAAUCGGAUGCCCGUAUUUAUAGGGUUUUAACUGGAAAAGAAGAAGGACCCGACUUCCUACCAUCUUCCUCGGGUUGGGUCAGUCCGGCGGAUCUACGUUUUUGCGUUCUCCAAAUUUGAUGAUUUUUUUGUGUGAGGACUAGGUUAUCUGCAUUUUGUAUCCAUCAUCUGCAGAUAAUUAUAGGGUAUCAGGUUGUUGCAAUGGAGGUAUCAGAUGAAGUGAUUGUUAACUCUAGUAGAUUGAAAUCUGAAGUAUGGAAUGAUUUUGAUAGGGUCAAAAAAGGUGAAACCUAUGUGGCUAUUUGUAGGCAUUGCAAAAAGAAAUUAAGUGGUUCAAGCACUAGUGGGACAUCACAUUUGAGGAAUCAUUUAAUCAGAUGUCGAAGAAGAUCAAACCAUGACAUUUCUCAACUUCUUUCAGCAAAGGGAAAGAAGAAGGAAGAGACUCUUGCCCUUGCAAAUGUUAAUUUUGAUCAAGAGCAGAGGAAGAGUGAAAAGCUGAACUUUGUCCGUACUAGAUAUGAACUGGAACAGAUACCUGAUGGUGCCAUUAAUAUGGGUCAUGGUAACUUUGAUAAUAAGAGGAGUCGAUUUGAUCUUGCUCGCAUGAUUAUUGUGCAUGGUUAUCCCUUGACUAUGGUUGAGCAUGUAGGCUUUCAACUGUUUACUAGAAAUCUUCAGCCGUUGUUUGAGUUAGUGACAGUUAAUAGGGUUGAGGCUGACUGUAUUGAAAUUUAUCAGAGAGAGAAACAGAAGGUGUAUGAGGUGUUAGAUAAGUUGCAUGGUAAAAUCAGCCUUAGUGCUGACAUGUGGACUGACAAGGAAGAUGCUCACUACCUGUCUUUGACAGCACACUUCGUUGAUGAUGAUUGGCAGUUGAAGAAGAAAAUUCUGAAUUUUAUAAAGAUUGAUCUUUAUCAUGCAGAAGAUAUGCUUUCUGAAAUUAUUAUGACAAGUCUAAUGGACUGGGAUAUUGAUCGAAAACUAUUUUCAAUGACAUCUGACAGCAAUUCUGCAAGUGAUAAUAUUGUCUCCAGAAUCAGAGAUCGACUUUCCCAGAACAGGUUUCUUUUGUGUAAUGGUCAAUUAUUUGAUGUACGCUGUGCAGCAAAUAUAGUCAGAUUGAUGUCCCAAGAUGCCUUGAAAGCAAUAUCAGAUGUAACCCAUAAGAUUCGGGAAAGCAUUCGAUAUGCUAGAAGUUCACUACCAACGCAAGAAAAGUUCAAUGAGAUGGUUCACUUGGUGAGAGUUGAUAGUCGAAAGAGCUUAUCUCUUGAUAAUCCAAUGCGAUGGGACUCAACAUAUUUCAUGCUUGAAGUUGCUUUAGAGUAUAAACAUGUGUUCUCUCUUCUGCAUGAACAUGACUCUGCCUACACAACAUGUCCAUCUGAUGUGGAAUGGGACAGAGCAAGUGCUAUUACUGGAUACUUGAAGUUCUUUGUUGAAGUUUGUAAUGUUUUUACAGGUAACAAGCAUCCAACACCAAACAUAUACUUUCCAGAGAUUUGUGAUGUUCAUCUUCAGUUGAUUGAAUGGUCCCAAAACUCAGAUGCUUAUAUCAGUUCUUUAGCUUUGAAGAUGAAAAGCAAAUUUGAUGAAUAUUGGAAAAAAUGCAGCUUGGCUUUGGCAGUUGCAGCCAUCUUAGAUCCUCGGUUCAAGAUGAAGUUGGUAGAAUAUUAUUAUCCACAAAUUUAUGGUGCUAGUGCUUCAGAUAGCAUUGAUAUUGUGUCUAAUUGUAUGAAGGCGCUUUAUAAUGGGCAUGCUAUCUGUUCCCCAUUAGAUGCUCAAGGUCAAGGCUUGGCUUGUGAAGUAGGUGGAAGUGGUGGGGUUAAUAACGAAUCUAGGGAUAGGCUGACAGGCUUCGACAGGUUCCUCCACGAAACUUCACAGAGCCAGAACACAAAAUCAGAUUUGGACAAGUACCUGGAGGAGCCUCUUUUUCCUCGCAAUUCAGAUUUCAACAUUUUAAAUUGGUGGAAAGUUCAUACACCGAGGUAUCCCAUUCUAUCUAUGAUGGCGCGUAAUGUUUUAGGAAUUCAAAUGUCAAAAGUUUCAUUCGAGUCAGCAUUUUGUAAUGGAGAUCAAACCCUUGAUCAUGAUCGGAGUUCACUAAGAUCAGAUACUGUUCAGGCCCUUGUAUGCGCCCAAGACUGGAUGCAGAACGACCCUGAUGAUCCCAGACCGACCUCAAGCCAUUCUCCUUUGUCUAUAUCCUAUGAUGUGAAUUAACAGGAUGGUUGUCAAGGAUCCGGGAUGAGAAGUACUUUAUGAUAAUGACUGGACUCUGCUGCCUCGUAAAGAAGAAAGUAGUUGCAGAAUUUGUUAUCAGCCUAAUCUGUGUUCAUUUAUAUGCUUCUUUUCUUAAUGACCUGAUAUUAUGUAAAUAAUUUGAGUUUCCUGUUUUUAUACGUGUACACCUGUUUUUCCAAGUCAUUGUCAUUGUUACCUUAAGUUGCAAUGCUUUUUAUUUGUGUUAUUUCCAUGCAUUAAUCAUCAUAUCUGGCAACUGGUUUGAAUGUUUAGGUCUAGAUCCUGGAUGAAAACUGGUACAGGAACAGAUUUUUCAGUUGUUCUAUGAAUGAAACCUUAGCAUCAUAUAAAAAAUAUGGAAGAGCUACUAAAGUUAGAAAAGGAUGUAUAAUUUUUUACUGGUUCACUAUAUGAUAUAUCAAGAUCUUGAAAAUGGAAAUGCAAUUAGAAGGUAUACUGGAGAUAUAUUUGGCAUCUUACUUUGUAAUUCUUUUUUCUGUAAUAAGACAUCCAUCAAUUUUAGGUUGCCCUCUGGAAGUAAACAAGGGACAAUUGUCCUAGGUAGCAGAUGUCUCUUUGCUAGUAAUGCUACUGUCACCUCUCCCAAUUUAGCAGCCACCAAUAAGUACUAACACUUCUAUAGAUGCAAUUGCAUCCUAAACUAUAGAUUGCAUGAAAGAGAACAAGAAUAAUUUACAUCAAUGAUGAGUGGGAGAAAAUUGGUGAAAAAAGAGUGGAAUGGAAAAAUAACUUCGAUACCUAACAAAAACAAAUAAAUAAAUAACUUUGAUGAUGAAUGAGUGUGGAAAUGUACGCCACCCAUUUGGUAAGCCGACGGAUAGUAUAUUGAUGAAUUAGAUGCCAACCUUUGGACAAGGUCUCUAUCCUGUAGGGAAUUAAUUACUGAUUUAAUUUAGAUAUUUCUAUUUUUAGUUUGAGUUCUUUGUAUUUCUGGAGGAGAAGAUGUUGCCAGAAAGUGCAGGCUUUACAAAGGCGAAGGAGACUAAACACAAAUGCUCUGAGGAUUAAUGUUGUGGAGCUGGAGGUUCAACAGUAGAAAGUGCCCUACUUUAGAAAGAGGCUCUAGACUGAACUGGAGCUUUUCCUCGAAGGCAUCAUAAGUGAAGUGGUAAUCUGAAUGUGAAGAAGCAUGAACAAAGCUGCUGUUUGUUCUUUCUGCCUAGAUGUUGAUAAAUAAUUGGAUUUUGUUCUUUAUUCAGCUUAGUUCCCAUCCAACUCCUUAUUAGGGAAUCCCCUGGCUAUUGCCUAACUGCAGAUCCCAUAGCCCAGGCAUAAUAUCUGGAAAGUUGAACUAUCCAACCAUGCCCCAUUGUCUGAAAUUAUGGCUUGCAACAUUUCAGAUCUGGUGAUGAUGCUGUUAAACAAGAACCUUCUACAUCAGGCAUAGAAAUCAACAUCUUUUAUUGCCCAAAGCUCCAAAUGGCCCUAUAAUAACCAGACCCAUUGGGGAAAGGCUACCGACCGCUUGUUGAGCUAAGGCGUUUUUCUAGAACAAAGUCAAAAUAUAGCUGUGUAGACAUGAUACUUUCCACAUUUAUGGGCAUAUUGCUACAGGUUAGUAUUAUCAGGGGCGAAGCCAUGAAAAUUUUCUAGUGAGGGCGAAACUUAUUAAAGGGAAAAAUAAAAAACAAUAUAGUAAUAUAAAUAUACUAAAAGUUAACAUAAUUUAUUCAAUACCUUACAAUAAUUCUUUGCGAUGUUUCAAAUUUUGAUAACGUUGUAUAAUAACUUCAUUAUCAAUCUUCAAAAAUAUCUCUUUCUCAACAUAAGCAACCAGGCUAUCAUUCAUCCACUGAUCUCCCACCCGAUUGCGCAAUCUAUCCUUCACAAUGUUUAUUACAGAAAAUACUCUCUUGAUAGUAGCAAUAGCAAUCGGAAGAACUAGUGC